CACACAUUAACAAUCAAGAAAUGGAACCUAAAGCCACCACCCAAAUGCGCAUCAUCUUCUCCAUUGUCUCCUUCUUCUCUCUGUUGCCAUCUUUAAUGGCUGCAGCUUCAUCUUCAAAUAACAUAAAUUAUAUAACUGCUGUUUUCGGAUUUGGAGACUCCACAAUCGAUGCAGGAAACAACAACUAUCUUGCCACAGAUACUCGCUCUGAUCACCCUCCAUAUGGCGUAGAUUUCCCUUUCCAUAUACCCACUGGGAGGUUCUCCAAUGGGAAGCUACCAAUAGAUUUUAUAGUCUCUUCAUUAGCCCUCAAAGAAUCAUUGCCACCUUAUCUUGACCCUAGACUCACCGAUGAGGACCUCCUAACUGGAGCCAGUUUUGGAUCAGCUGGCUCUGGUUUAGAUCCCUUGACAGCACAAUCUUCUAAUGUGCUUAAUAUUUCAACUCAGUUAGAUUUGUUUGAUCGAGCUUUGAGAAGGAUAAAGGGAUUAGUUGGUGACAGGAGGGCUAGCUUUAUAGUGGAAAAUGCUUUAUUUUUCUUUAGUAUUGGGAGCAAUGACUUGCUGUUUAACUUCUAUGAUUCGCCUGCAAGAACAUCAGAGUUUACAAUUUCAGGUUACCAAGAUUAUCUGCUCCAGAACCUUGAAGCUGCCAUUCAGAGACUGUACAAUAGAGGAGGGAGAAGGUUUGUAGUGACGAGUCUGUCACCCAUUGGGUGCCUGCCAUUAGAAGUGACUCUAUUUAGCAAUACAUCUCAACGUAUGUGUGUGCAGCAGCAGAACAAUGACAGUAUUGCUUAUAAUGUAAAGCUUCAACUCUUAGCCUCAAGAUUGGAAACUCAAGUACUCCAAGGUUCCAAGGUUGCCUAUUAUAACGUAUAUAAUCCCAUGGAAGACUUCAUUUAUAACCCCAAUAAGUAUGGAUUUAAGCAAACGCUUAAAGGUUGCUGUGGGACGGGGCUUGUAGAAGUUGGAAGUACAUGCAAUGUGACAACACCAAUAUGCUCAGAUCGAUCUGAAUAUGUAUUCUGGGAUGCUGUGCAUCCAUCACUAAAAACGUAUAGAUAUCUUGCAGAAGUUGCUAUCCUGACUGUGAUUUCACAUGUUCUUGGCCAUUAGAAUAAUCAAUCUAGUAUAAAUAAUGGGAGAAUGCUAUAUAUAGAUAUGCCUUCUUCAAUUUGGAAAGCUGAUAGUGUUAUCAGGAUUAUAGCCAUAUAAAGAAUAAAUUGCCUUGUUACCAAAAUAAUAAUAAAAUGGCCUCCUUCUCAUGA